CGAGGCGUUCUAAUAGUUUAUACAGAGCACAAAUUAUUGAAAUCGGUCUAAGAUCGGAUGGUUUCUUUGGAUCAGUUAUCUUGGGAACAGAAUUCGUCGACACUAAUUUGAACAGACUCUGUGAUAAAGACAAAAGAAGGACCUCUGUCGGAUGGGAUAAGGUCUUUGGUCACUUGGUCAGAGAACAGAAGAAAAAGAAGACAAAUCCUAAGAGGAUUUUUCAAAUUUUAUGUAUUCGUCCCAACUAGUUGAAAAGAGCGUAAAAUGGUAAAUAGACAAAUCACAUAUUAGACAAAUUUGUUAAAUUAUUAUUAAAGUAACAAAAAAAAGGAUUUUUGGAUUACAUAAAAAGUGUGAGCAAUUUUUGAGACAGAGAUAUUGACAGUUAGUUAAACUGGCGUAUGCACUCUCGCACUUGCAUAAAUUACGCAGUAGUAUUCAUUAUUCCGGCGGCAAAUCGUUUGUGAAUAAUAACGGCUAUGAAUCUUUUUGGUGGACGUGACCGGUGCAUUCGACAGUCGAGCUUAUGCUUUUUCUUUUUUUUUACCAAAUGUGUCGUUUUAAGUAACUUUUAUAAGUAAUAUAUUUUCUCUUUUAUAGAGUUAGUCUCAGUUGUUUAUUCCCUUUUUUUAUUUCAUCUUUUUUUUCAUUUGGCAAUGUAAGAAGAAAAGUGUGGAAUUUUUCACAGCAGUUGUUUCUCUCGGAAAUUAUAUUUAAUUAUUUUCAAACAAAAGGUUUCUAUCGUGUAAAUUAUCAAAGUUGUUACAACGAUCUAAAGUCUCCUUAAAACAUUACAGUAAUUCAAUUUUUUUCAUUUAUUUCUUUAUUUUUUAAGAGAGAAAGGCCGUAGCAGUAUAAGCAUGUAAAAAGUGCCCCCUCCUGGAUGAAAAAUAAUUGUCGACCAAAUUCUUACAAAAAUCCCUCUGCAGGGAAUCCUUAGACAACUUUGUUAAUGUGGGGCCAACCAACAUUUCCCAUGAUACUGCUGAAGUUCAAUCUAAUGCCAAAAAGUUAGAUUUUGAUAAUCUGAAAUAGCAAAGUUAUCCUGUCCAGCAUACAACAAGUAAGCAUUCUAUUAUCAGCUCUUCCGACACGUCUGCUCAUUUUUGCUGCGAUAUCAUCUUCUGGAACGUUCACGGGAUUAAGAAUUUACCGGAUAUCAGCGAAUUCAUCAGCUCCCAAGAUAUAAUUUGCUUGUGCGAAACUUGGGCGGAAUCAGAUAAUUUACAACGUUUCAUUGGUUCUAAUUUUGGCUAUGUUGUUGCACCGGCUAAAAGAUGUCGCAGCAGGGGCAGAGCUGGAGGCGGAUUAGUAAUUGUAUUUAAUUCCGAUAUAUAUAAUGUGACUGUUCUAACUACUUCUUACAACUAUAUUUUUGCCAAGGUUGAUCAUGUUUCUGGUCUCAGCGAAUUUAUAUUGGGUGUCGUGUAUAUGGCUCCUACAGAAGAUCUUGACUCUGUUUUAGAUAGUCUUAAUUUAAAUUUUACUUAUUUAACUGAAAAUUUUAAAAAUAUACCAAUUAUAAUGGGGGGAGACUUUAAUGGCAGAAUUGCAGACUUGAAUCAACUAAGUCCAGAUAUCCUCAAUUUUGUAUCUUGUGUAUCCGCGGAAAGACUUUCUUUAGAUAAAGUAGUUAAUUCUAGGGGUAAGAUUAUUACUAGUAACUUCGAGUCCUAUGACUUUAUAUUAUUAAAUGGUCGAACACGUAGUGAUUCCCCUGCUAAUUUUACUUUUGUGUCUUCGCAGGGUGAGAGUGUUAACGAUCUGGUCUGGUGCUCAUCUGAGACCCUUCCUUUUAUCCAGGACCUACAAGUUAAACAGAUCGCUACCUCCUCUGAUCAUUUCCCGGUUUUCUUGAGUCUGAUCUCUAUUAAACAUAAGGAUGAAAUUAAUGAUUCUGUGAAAUUUCUUUUCGACUCGCAUCAUUCGGACUUUUUUUCUUCUUGUAUGUCCUGGAGGAGGGAAGUCGGGAAUAUUUUUGAUGAGAUGGAUGAAUUGAAUGAUAAUAUUAUUGGAGUGAUUAAGGAUGUAGCCACGUCUGCCGGUAUGUGUAGAUAUUCUCAUUCUGUUAAGAGUUUUUCUCGCAAACCAUGGUGGGAUAAGGAUUGUAAAGAGGUUAAAAAGAAAGUUACACAGACCCUAAAACUUUAUAAAGACAGUAGUUUCUCCCCUCUUUUUAAACCAAUAUACCUUUCAGAAAAGAAAAAUUACAAGCUAUUUAUCAAGGAAAAGGAGAGGAAUUAUUAUCUCGCUAAAAUUGAAACAGUGAACAAAUGUAAAAAUCCUUCACAAUUUUGGAAAGCCAUCGGUACCUAUCGCCGCAGAGAAUUCUCUCAAUCUUGUAUCGAUGACCAAGCCUGGUUACUUUAUCUUAAGAAAUGUCACCCGAUUUCUGCCUCCUUCCUUGGAGCUUCAUUUCUCGUUAAUACUAAUCCCUUAUUGGAUGACCCUAUUACUGAAAAUGAAUUAAUUAACUGCCUCACGAAAUGUAAAAAUGGGAAAGCCCCUGGGAUUGACGGCAUUAACUACGAUUUUUUUAAAAACUUACCUCAAAAUUGGAUAUUGUAUUUAGUUCAAUUCUUUAAUAAAAUAUUAAAUACAGAAGUAGUCCCUAAGGAGUGGGGCAGAUUAAGUACAAUAAUGUUUUUUAAAAAGGGUGAUCCUAAGGACCCUGAUAAUUAUCGCCCUAUUACUCUGAUAAAUUGUUUAGCUAAGAUUUUCACUCAAAUUUUGGGCAAUAGACUUAGAGACUGGUCUGUUGAACACGAUCUGAUUCCGGAGUCUCAGGCUGGUUUUAGAGAGGGCAGGGGCUGUAUAGAUAAUAUAUUUAGCCUAUAUGCCAUUAUAAGAAUUCACCUGAACACUCCGAAAUCGGUGGUUUACGCGGUAUUUAUCGAUUUUAAAGGGGCUUUCCCAUCAAUUUCACACAAAUUAUUAUGGAAUAAAUUGUCUGCGCUGGGACUUAGUUCAAAAUUCAUCAAUAUAAUGAUUAACUUUUAUUCUCAAGCAUACACAUGUAUUAAAACUAAACACGAUUUUACUGAUAGUGUAAAGGUAACUCAAGGUGUACUCCAAGGGGAGGUUUUAAGCCCUAUGUUAUUUCUUUUAUUUAUAAGCGAUAUGGAGAAAUUUUUUGUCAUGCACGGUUGCAAAGGUCUUUCGAUUAAUGAAUUCACAGAGAUUCUAAUACUCGGUUACGCGGAUGAUUAUGUGCUUCUGUCUGACUCUCCGGUAGAACUCGCGAAAAAGCUAAAAGUAUUAAAAACAUAUUGUGAAUCGAAUGGUCUGUGUGUUAAUACCAGCAAGACUAAAAUAGUUAUUUUUACAAAUUCGCCCAAUUCUUCCGCGCAUAAAUUCAAAGCCUUUAAAUAUGGAAACAGUAGCAUAGAAGUAACUAGUGAAUAUGUUUACUUGGGGGUUACUUUUCACAGAUCUUGCUCUUUUGCUUCAGCUGCUAAUAAAGCCACUAGCGCGGCCAAUUCCGCAGUUGGGGCCCUUCGCAAGACACUAUCAGUUGCCAAAAUCGAUUCUUGGGAGGUUUGCUCUAAGUUGUUCCGUAGUCUUGUGGUCAGUAUUUUAGCUUACGGCUGCCUGGUCUGGGGACUAAACUUUUUGGAGAUGAUUGAAAAGGUACAGCUCUCUUUUAUCAAGGGGUGGCUUUAUUUGCCUUCUUGUACGUCCAGUUUCGCAAUUAGACUAGAAACAGGAUCUAAGCAUCUGGCCUACAUUGUUUUCAAACAAGCACUUGCUUGGAUUAAUAAAAUUUUUAAUAUGAAUGAUACACGGUACCCCAAGCUGUGCUUUUUGAAAUUAAUUAAGUUGGCUAGAAAAAAUCCGAAAAACAAACUUAAUUGGUUUAACCAACUAAAGUUUUCCUUUUUUGAACCUUGUGGGUUGCUGGAGUACUGGAAUGGCAUUAAUUCAGAAACAUCUUCCUUAAAUGAGAGGGCCAUCCUCGAUAAAUUUGAGCUUUUCCUUAGAAAUAGAGACGAAGAUCGACUGAAUCACUCAAGAAGUCUGUUAAUACUCUCGAGCUUGCCCCAUAAAGCUGUCGCGCAAUCCUAUUUACUACUUCGCAUGCUUAUUUUUUAUAAAAGAAUUUUAUCACAGAUCAGACUAAUCAAUCAACAUGUAUGUAGAAUUACUUUUAACCGAAAAAUAAUUACUUUUCACUCGGACUCUUUAUGUAAAUUAUGUAGAACCGACUAUGAAUCCCUAUAUCAUUUAAUAUUUUAUUGCCCGGCAUGCAGGCAUUUAUUUGCUGGUAUUAGCUAUCAGAUCGGAAACGAUCUUUCUACAGAAGAGCAAUUUUUGAAGGUUUUGUAUUCUGAGAACAGAGGAAAGUUAAAGAUCUUAGUUAACACCCUUGUUAAAGUUUUUGAGGCUAAAAUGAGGUGCGAGGACGUGGCUGGGUAGUGUGUGAUUUUGUGUAUUUGCGGAUCUUUCACUAAUUAUGCGUUACUCCCUUGUAUUCACGACAGGUGAAAAAACAAGUGU